AUGUACAUCGCUCCCUACUUCAUAGUCACUCACCUCCCUCACUCUCUUAGCGCAGUCAAGGACCUCUUUCUUGCCAUGGACCCCACAUACCUCACCGUCGACCUGCUCGAGAAGCACCUCCUUGCAGCUGAGACUAGCAUAGUCGCUGUAGGGGCAAGGGAGGCAAGGGUGGUGGGGGUGGCAGCGGUGGAGGUGAUGGUGGAGGCGGUGGAGGCGGUGGAGGUGGUGGUGGAGGCGGUGGAGGCGGUCGAGGUGGCGGUGGUGGCGGAGGGGGGUGGUGGUGGGAGUGGAGGCGUUGGUGGCGGCGGUGGUGGCGGCAGUGGGAGUGGUAGCGGCGGCACUGGUGGCGGUAGUGGGAGUGGUGGCGGCGGCGGUGGUGGCGGCCGGGCGUGGGCGUAUAGGGGUAGUGUUCGCUGCAAGUACGUCAUUCGCACAGGUGACCGAGCUGGUCAGACAUGCGGGAAGGUUGGUCACACAUAG